UUAAUUGAAAGUAUUUUUCUUGCAAAUAAAACGUUUUUUGAGCUGAGAGCGCACCAGCAAACUGGCGACAAUGGCGGGCGGCAACACUCCGCGUGUUAUACAGGUGACCAACAUUGCGCCGCAGGCCACCAAGGACCAGAUGCAAACGCUGUUCGGCAACAUCGGCAAAAUUGAGGAGAUCCGGCUUUAUCCCACCAUCCGCGAUGUCUCGUGUCCCGUGCAGUCGCGCAUCUGCUAUGUGAAGUACACGGAAACGACUAGUGUUCCUGUGGCCCAGCAUCUCACCAACACGGUAUUCAUUGAUCGCGCCCUGAUUGUCAUCCCCGUGCUGGCCAUUCCCGAGGAGUACCGCGCUCUGGAGAUGCUCAAGAACGGCACAAUAGUGCCGGGCCUGCAGAAGCCGGACUCGAAACUGCCUCCCGAGGUGAUCAAUCGCAUAGAGGGGCAGCUGCCGCAACAGGUUAUCAAGACCUAUGACCCCAAGCUGGUGGAGUUCAAUCUACCAGAGUAUCCGGCUCUGCCGUCGUUCUAUGAUGCUCGCAAGAUCGAGGAGAUCCGGCGAACCAUUAUUGUGUGCGAUGUGAAGAACGAGUGGCGCCUGGACGACCUAAUGGAGUGCUUCCAGCGUGCUGGUGAAGUGAAAUAUGCGCGCUGGGCCGAGAAGGACAUCAAGACAUACUGCAUGAUCGAAUUCUGUGAGCAGACCAGCAUCAUCCACGCCCUACGCAUGCAGGGCCAGGAAUUCAAGGGCGGCUAUCUGAGUGUUUACCAUUCGACAUACUGUAUCACCAAGCCAGAGGCCAAGUCCAACGAGGCCGCCCAGGCGGAGAUCGAGGAGGCCAUGACCAUUGUGAAGGAGGCGCAGAGUAUGAUAUCGGCCGCUAUUGAUCCAGUGAUCGGCAUGCUGGCCAAGGACAAGCGACGUCGGUCCCGCUCCCGUUCGCGCUCUCGGGAUCGCCGCACCAGCCGCUCUCGCUCGCAUCGGUCGACGUCCCGGAGACGCUCACGUCGCUCUGGCUCCAGGGAGCGACGCAGUGGUUCGCGUUCUAGGCGCUCUCGCUCUAGAGGAAAGCACUCGUCACGUUCGCGAAGCAAGCGGUCCAGAUCCCGUCACCGUCGCAGCACCUCCCGUUCGCGUAGGUCACGCUCCCGCGGGGGCAAACCAUCAAGGGCGCGCGGCAAGCGCUCUAGGUCCCGUCAUCGUAGCAGCACCUCACGCUCCCGGCGUUCCCGUUCGCAUGGGGCCGGUGGCAGCACCAGCAGCAAACGCUCUCGUUCUCGCGAGCGCAGCAAGAAGUCGCACCGUGAGAAGCGCUCCUCCCGUUCGCCCAGGUCGCGCAGCAAACGCAGCUCGCCCUCGCCACCACCGGUGAUCGCCCUAAGCAGCAAGUCCCGUACAAGCCGCAGUAAAGAUGUGUCCACUGUUGUCGCAAAGACUGCCUCUUCGGUCGUCCGGCGGCGGGAACGCUCUCGCACACCCGAGGCACCAGGACGCAAACUGAAGGUCAUCUCCGAAGAUAUAGAGUUGAAGAGCUCGCGCUCCAGCGCCGAUUCCAAGUCGCGCAAAUCGGUGAGCGUCGAGAAGUCGGACAACAUGGAUAUAUCCAACUCCCCCUAGAGCCUAGAUAUAUGGAUCGCACACUAAUGCAUAUAAAGUACACACUUAAGUAAUGUAAUCCCCAAUAAUAUGAUGUCAAGUAUGAGA